UUGUUUUCGCGUGCGUCAAUCAAACAGCCAUGUCACGAUUGUAGCUCAAAUAGAAAACCAGCAAUUUUAAUCUGCUCGAAUUCUGUGGAUUUAUCUUGCAGUCAACCUUUAGGAUAGUCGCGUAUUUAGCAAAGUGAUAAGUGUAAAGCAACGGACGUGUGAACGCUCCUCUGCGUGCGUUUCGUCAUCGUGUAACGGGAUGCUGUUUCGAACUAGACGCUGGUACAGUGUAAGGCAACGUUAAACCAAAAUAAUCGGGUGUUUUGUCAAGCGACUGAUUUGUUUUUGCCGGAGAAACAUCGAUGUGAUAUUAAGAGAGGGCGGCGGGGACAAAGCAUUCAAAAUGAUGUCAGGAAAGCAUUUCAAGGCUCAGGAAGUGAGCUGCUGCAUCAAGUAUUUCAUUUUUGGAUUCAACAUCAUAUUCUGGUUACUCGGUAUUGCAUUCCUUGGCAUCGGAUUGUGGGCAUGGAGUGAGAAGGGUGUUCUAGCCAACAUUUCAUCCAUCACAGACCUGGGGGGCUUCGAUCCAGUGUGGCUCUUCUUGGUGGUUGGAGGAGUUAUGUUCAUUCUGGGAUUUGCGGGUUGCAUUGGAGCACUGCGAGAAAAUUCUUUCCUGCUGAAAUUUUUCUCGGUGUUCCUGGGUAUCAUCUUCUUCCUGGAGCUGACGACGGGAAUUCUCGCCUUCGUCUUCAAAGACUGGAUAAAGGACCAGCUAAACUUUUUCAUCAACAAUAACAUUCGGGCCUACAGGGAUGAUAUUGAUCUUCAGAACCUUAUCGACUUCACCCAAGAAUUUUGGGAGUGUUGCGGUGCUUUUGGAGCUGACGACUGGAAUCUGAACAUCUACUUCAACUGCACUAAUUCAAACCCGAGUCGAGAGAAAUGUGGUGUGCCGUUUUCUUGCUGCACCAAAGACCCGGCGGAGGACGUCAUCAACACUCAAUGUGGAUACGAUAUCCGAGAAAAACGUGACUCAGAACAGAGGACAUUCAUCUACAUUAAAGGGUGCGUCCCACAGUUUGAGAAGUGGCUUCAAGACAACCUGACAGUGGUGGCAGGCAUAUUUAUUGGGAUUGCAUUGUUACAGAUAUUUGGCAUCUGUCUAGCACAGAAUCUAGUGAGUGACAUUGAAGCAGUAAGAGAAAGUUGUUUGUUCACCUAAGGAUGCCAUAUAAUCUCCAGAGGCAAGAAGGAUGUACCAGACUCUUCAGACUGUACACCAGCAAUGAGACACUUCAAUCAACUUUAAUGUACAAAAUGAAGAGACUAAUUUCCGUGUAAAUAGUACAUGUAGAGUCAGUUUGUGGACCUAUUUCUGGAUGAUGCACAACCUCUGAAAUGUAUUCGUUGCCUAGUACAUUGCAUCAAGCAGUUCAAUGCAGUGGGCGUCCAUUCUGUUGGUGAAGUACAGUCAUUUUUAAAAGAAAAAAACUUCUCGAAGGGAAGCAGCAGAGAAGGCUGCCAUGUUGCAUUCUCAGAAAAAGUACUUUGUAUUGGGAGAGGACUCAACGUUUUUUAAUGCUUCUUGUAUAAAGUUAAGUCUAUUCUGAGCAAACACUGCAUGCCUUUAGUCUACUGGUGGGGCAUUGGUUCGCCUAUCCGUAGUGCUUUUUAAGUAUUAGAAAAUAUUUGCGAAAUUAGUGGCUAGUUCAUUUGUGCAAUUGGCGGGUUAGCACUUUGUGAAAUGAUCAAUGGGAAUUCGAAGUCGCCAAGACUUGCGUAACUUGAGAUUUAGUUAUGGCGUCACCUUAUCAGACUGUGACAUUCAGCACCUCGUAGUCCUGAGAUGGAUAGUUUAAGCAGGUGUAUAUAUAGAAGGGCAAGGUUUUACUAUUUUCAACUUGUUUGAAACAUCCAUCUUGAAGAAACAACAAUUUGUCAUCGUCAAAAGUCUAUCUUAAGCACUUUAAUCCUCUUGGAGAAAUAACAAGGCUUAUUGGGCAAAUCAAGCUACUAUACUCUUUUAAUUCUUCGUUCAAUGGGGGACCAGUGGACCACCAUAGGGGCACUUUUUUGUCAUUUUGCAGCAAUGUCUGCCGCUCUAUUGUCAGUCAGCCAGUGGCGUCAUUCAUAUAUAAUUUCUCUGUUCGCCCUCGCUAUUUAUUUGUUCUUUUAAAUGUGUUUUUGUUUGUGGUCUAAUGUGUCUGAUAAGGGAAAAAAUGUCCAUUGGUUUUACUGUAUGGGUUUUCAUGGAAAAUUGGGAUUUUCUUUAAGGCUUGUGUUGUGUUAUGUUGUGUAAUCUGCUUAUAUUUGCACUUGAGAAAAUAAUUUAACGCUUACACGCAAAUAGCAUUUAAAAGUAAGGCACACACACACACCACCAGCAGCAUUAUUUAAAAACUGCAAGAGGCUUUUCAGGGUUUUGCGUUCACAUCCUGAUUUUUGUUGUUUUCAAAUCACCAAAAACUUAAAAUGAUUGUUAAUGUUGAUUGAUCACACACUUUCUCACCACUCAGUGCCAAAUAUGUAAAUUCUGCAUAUUCCUGGUUAUAAGUUAAUAUAGUCUUUCCUGAAUUUUGUUCUGUAUUCUUUCUUGUGAAUAACUGGGUUGUGGCAAGAUGUACAUACAUCUGAAUAAAUGUGGGUCUUUCUAUUA